AUGUGUAGACCUGUCAAUCAUCCUUCACACUCACAUAUCAACACUGAUGAAGUGAUAGAUCCAUUCACAAUCACCAGCUUUGACAUUGAAGGACUAGAUCCAGUUACUAUAAGAGGAAAAACCAUGUCGGUUGGGAAGAUGAAGAAAACCAAACACAGAACCAAUAAGUUGAAGUUGGAGAAUAUUCCAGAGGAAACAGAGCUAUAUGUUGAUAAUAGUAAUGAAGAUACUCAUCAUCCAGGAGAGCUUGAAGAAGCGUGUAUUCACUUGGAGAUGGAUUUGGAAGUAUUGAGGAAGUCCAUUGAUGUAGGAGUUUGUGUACUCUGUCUCGGCUUAGGCUACAUGGUUUCUACUAAGUUGCGACCGCGACAGAUAUUUUCUUCACUUUUGUCAUCAUCAUUUUUCUUCUUAUAAUAUGCAUAGUUGAAAGUAUUACUAUUCAAUUUCUGCAUACAUCCAGCCCAAAUUCAGUUUCGCGAGUUA